UCCUGGAGGGCCAACAGCCAGGUCUCUGGGCUCCAGGUUGGCUGGGGAGCCCUCCCUCCCCACCUGGGCCUCAGCCCCAUUUGUGAAGUGGCUGGGGAGCCGCCUGGGGGCGCUGUCCAGCACGGUGGCCCCUUCACAAUGGUUGCCAGGCAGUGGGGCCUCCCUGGGAGGGAGCUGGGCCGGGGCUGGGGCUCGGCCAGCACAGGCGCAGCGGAGGCGGCAUGACGGCUGCUCAGAAGCACCAGCUCUUCACGCCUGAGCCCCACUACAUCCCCGGCUACGCCGGCUUCUACCCGCAGCUGCGCUACCAGGUGGGCAACACCUAUGGGCGCACGACCGCGCAGCUGCUGACGGACCCCAGCGUCCAGAAGAGCCCCUGCUCCGUGCUCUCGCCCAUCGCCAAGCCCAAGUUCAUCGAGGACUUCAGCGAGCCCAAGCCCCCGGCCAUCCCCUGCCACGACCUCUUCGAGCCCUACAUCCCGCACUACACGGGUCUGAAGCCCCACAAGAACUUCGAGAUCGUGGGCCGCUUCCCAGCCCAGGAGGAGGAUGGCCAGGGGCCACCCGCCGGGGAGAGCGUGUCCAGGCAGGCCCCACUGCCUGCCGGCUUCAUGCCCUACCCCCCCUACCCCCCGUGCCCGCCGGGCAGGAGGGGGGACCUGGGGCACCCAGGCCUGCGGCUGGCACUCGGGGAGGAGGGCUGGAAGAGCACCACUCCCGUCCACACGGCCCCCGGGCGCUACCAGCUGUACCACUGCAGGAGGGACGAGUACCCGCCCCCGGCCCGCCAGCAGGGGACGCUGGACGUGGGCAGGUUCCAGAGGCUGCCCCAGCUGGACCACCCCAACCUGAUCCAGCGCAAGGCCAUCUCAGGCUACGCUGGCUUCGUCCCCCGCUUUGCCUGGGUGAUGGGGGUCAACUACCGCGACGGGGUCACACAGGCCAUGGACGAGUUUGACAAGAACCAGUUCCUCUUCAGAAACCCCGUCUGCGCCCUGGGGGAGAGGCUGCCCCGGACCCACUGGCCCAACAAGGUCGUCUACAGCAGCCGGGGCCUGGUCCCCUUCUACAUGGGGCUGGUGCCAGCCACCCAGGACAGCUACGGCCUGACCUUCGGCAACAGCACGCGCAAGGCCUAUCAGAAAGAACUGGAGAGGCGGCAGCAGGCGCUGUGAAAACCCUUUAAUGGUAUCUGUGCAGCCGGCGGCGUCGGGGCAGGAGCGAGUGGCGGUGCGGCAGAGCGGCCGGAGCAGGCUGGGGGGGAAUAAAGAGUUCGCACGCUCCGCCACGGGCCGCUCUAGGCCACCUCCUCCUCGGCCUCCUCCUCAAACUCGCCCUCCUCCUCGGCCGUGGCGUCCUGGUACUGCUGGUACUCGGACACCAGGUCGUUCAUGUUGCUCUCGGCCUCGGUGAACUCCAUCUCGUCCAUGCCCUCGCCCGUGUACCAGUGCAGGAAGGCCUUGCGCCGGAACAUGGCCGUGAACUGCUCCGAGAUGCGCUUGAACAGCUCCUGGAUGGCCGUGCUGUUGCCGAUGAAGGUGGCCGACAUCUUCAGCCCCCGGGGCGGGAUGUCGCACACGGCCGUCUUGACGUUGUUGGGGAUCCACUCCACGAAGUAGCUGCUGUUCUUGUUCUGCACAUUGAGCAUCUGCUCAUCCACCUCCUUCAUGGACAUGCGGCCCCUGAACACGGCGGCCACGGUCAGGUAGCGGCCGUGGCGCGGGUCGCAGGCGGCCAUCAUGUUCUUGGCGUCGAACAUCUGCUGGGUGAGCUCGGGCACCGUCAGCGCGCGGUACUGCUGGCUCCCCCGGCUGGUCAGCGGGGCGAAGCCGGGCAUGAAGAAGUGCAGGCGCGGGAAGGGCACCAUGUUGACGGCCAGCUUGCGCAGGUCGGCGUUGAGCUGGCCCGGGAAACGCAGGCAGGUGGUGACCCCGCUCAUGGUGGCCGACACCAGGUGGUUGAGGUCCCCGUAGGUGGGGGUGGUGAGUUUCAGGGUGCGGAAGCAGAUGUCGUACAGAGCCUCGUUGUCGAUGCAGUAGGUCUCGUCCGUGUUCUCCACCAGCUGGUGCACGGACAGGGUGGCGUUGUAGGGCUCCACCACCGUGUCCGACACCUUGGGCGAGGGCACCACGCUGAAGGUGUUCAUGAUGCGGUCGGGGUACUCCUCCCGGAUCUUGCUGAUGAGCAGCGUGCCCAUGCCGGAGCCCGUGCCCCCGCCCAGCGAGUGCGUCAGCUGGAAGCCCUGCAGGCAGUCGCAGCUCUCGGCCUCCUUCCUCACGACGUCCAGCACAGAGUCGACCAGCUCGGCGCCCUCUGUGUAGUGGCCCUUAGCCCAGUUGUUCCCGGCACCACUCUGACCUGCAAGAGAGCAGCCCUCACUCUCUGGCAGGGGUGUGGCCACCUGAAGAGAAGGUGCCUGGGGACGGGCAGGGCUAACCUGCCGGGAGAAGACAGCCCGGGAGGCGGCAGCCGGCCAGUUUAGAAGUUGGGGGUGUGCCGAGACGGCUUAAGAGUAAGCGGCC